CAAAUAACAACUACAACUUCUAACUAACCGUCAAAUCAAACUUCAAGUUCAAAAGUUUAUUUUGUUUUGUAAUUUGUUAAUUUUAUAUAAAUUUUAGAGUAUAAUUUAUUUUUAAAAGUUGUUAUCACAAAUUAGGCUAAAUUUUCCAAUUGUGAAUAACCAUUAUUAUCUUAGUAUAUUCUCAAUUCAAAUAAAAUAACAAAGUUCGACCAUGAGUACCGAAGAUUUAGAUUUGAGCGCCGACGAAGAAGAGAUCACAGCCGAAACUGUUUUGAAAACACUCCAAAGUGCAUGGCAGAAUGAGCGCUUAGCUCCAGAAAUACUACCUCAUCGGAACGACAUGGUCGAAUGUAUGCUGGGUCAAAUACAACAUAUGGAACGCAAUAUCAACAAGCUCCCUAAAACAGACCUCCGUGCUUGUAUCCAUAAAAUGGAAUUGAAUAGAAUUAAAUAUAUAAUUUGCAAUUAUCUUAAAACAAGACUAAAUAAAAUAGAGAAAUAUUGCAUAUCAAUAGUGAACGAGGAAAGGCAGAGAACCGAAUCUGGUACAAAUUAUUUAACACCUUCAGAAUUCAGGUAUGCUCAAGAAUAUCUAGUGAAUAUGGAGAAUCAUUUGAAAAAUACUGUAUUGAAUCAUGUGCCUGGAAGGAUGCAGACGUUUGAACAUAAUAAAAUGGCUGUUUACCCUAAUUUACAAUCUCAUGUCUUCCUAAAAGCAAAUAGCACAGUGAAUGGAAUUGUUUUAGAAGAUAUGAUUGGUGAUCAAGAUGAAGAAAUAGAUUUAGAGGAGGAUUCCCAGCACAUACUACAAUACAAGCCAAUUGCAGACUUGGUUAAAAAUGGUAAAGUUCAAUUAGUAUGAUACUUCUCCACAAGUGGCCUUAAUAAACCUUUUUUAUAUACUUU